AUGACAGGCAGCCUGGCAGCCGCCGUGGGCCGGGCGGCGGGUGGGGACGGGAUGGGCAGCGCUGGGCAGGAGCAGGGGCGUGAGAGAACGGGCACGCUGAGCCUCCCGUUGGACUACUACCGCAUGCUGGGAGUGUCGGGAGUGUGCAGCCGCGACAGCUUGGCUCGCGCGCUGGAGAAGGCCCUGACCAACCCGCGUGGCGUCGGCUACAGCCAGCAGUGCCUGCUGGCGCGCGGCUCGGCGCUCAAGCGGGCCGUGGAGGCGCUGCUGGAUCCCCAGGCCCGGCGUGCAUACGAUGACGCGCUGCGCACGGGGCAGAUCACAGAGGAUGUGCCCGACGAGUUUGUGCCUGGCGUGCUGGCACUGCUGGUGGAGGCGGGCGAGGCUCAGACGGUGGUGGCGGCAGGCGAGGAGUGGCUGAGCACGCACCGCCGCGACAGCCGCGUGCGCGACGUGGCGCUCUCCACCGCUCUGGCGCACCGUGCGGUGGCAGAGGCGUGCGUGAAGAAGCAGGGCGACGCUGCCAGCGCGGCGGGCAUGCUGCGGGUGGCCGGAGAGCUGCUGCGGCGCCACCGCGCCGCGCCCGGGCUGCAGGCCGAGGUGGCAUCGGCGCUGGCUGAGCUGCAGCCGUCGCUGGCCUGCCAGCUGGUGGCGCUGCCGCUGGAGCAGUUCCGCGAGCGGGAGCGGGGCGUGCAGGUGGCCAUCGCGGUGCUCACUGACACGUCUGGCGCCAAGCGCGGCAUGGGCAAGCAGCAGUUCCUGGACCGCCUGUCGGAGCACCUGACAGCCGAGGAGCAGGUGGCGGUGUUUGAGGCGGCUGGGACGCGCUAUGCGGAGCUCCCUUCAGAGCUGUAUGACGUCGCCCUGGCCUACAUUGCCGGAGCCGCGGCCACCGGCCGCGCCGCGCAGCUGGACAGGGCGCUCGCGGCGCUGGAGGCGGCGGCGGCCGCGGUGCCGCCGGGCGCCACCGGCCAGUCCAGCGACAGCGGCGUGCGCCAGCUGGCGGAGCGGCGCGCCAUCGACGAGCGCCACCGCCGCCAGGUGGCCUACGCCGUGUGCCAGCUGCUGCUGGGCGAGACGGCGGCGGCCGCCGACACGCUGGGCCUGGCCCCGGGCAGCACCGUCAAGUGCGAGCGCUCCAUGCUGGCGUUCAUCAAGGCCAACUGCCCCGACCGCGACGACCCGCUGCCCGGCAUGUGUGUGCUGGCGCAGCGCUGGGUGGCUGAUGUGGCGCUGGGCUCCUUCCGCGGCACCCAGGGCACGCCCUUCUCCCUGCAGGCCUGGUUCGAGCUGGAGCCUGUCAGGCGCUACCUGUCUCGCCGCGAGCACGGCAUCUCCGCCAGCCACCCGCUGCUGGCUGUUGCGCAGCGCGCGGGCGGUGUGCUGUCUGCGCCGCUCGUGGGCGGCAUGGCUGGCGUGCUGGCGUUCAUGGGGCUGCUGGUCAACCCGCGGCAGCUGGGGCAGGAGGCUGAGGAGGAGGAGGGGAGCUAUGAUGAUGAGGAGGAGCUUGGCAUGGAUGGCCCUGUGGCGGCUGGCGGCAUGCCUGGCUCAUCGGGGCCGCAAGCUGCUGCGGCAGUGCAGGAGGCGCCGCCCCAGACCCUGCGGGACCAGGCGGCGGCAGGCAUGGGCCGCCGGGCCACGGCCGCGCCGCCGGCUGCGCCGCCGCCGCGCGUGCCGGCGGGCCGGUCGCCAGCUGAGGUGGCGGCGGCGGCCGCUGCGCGCGACAUGAGCCAGGUGGACAUGCGGGCGAGCCGCAGCGCGCGGCCGGGCGCCAGCCCCGUGCCGGCGCGCGAGCUGCAGCCGCGGCACACGGCGCGGCCAGAGCUGACGGCGACGGCCAACUCCAUUCCGGCGCCGCCCGCACCCGUGGAGCUGCCGCCACCGGUUUCGCGGGAUGUGGAGGGCGAGGAUUUCGAUGCCAACAUCGCGUUUGCCAUGCAGCCCGUGCAGCAGCUGACGCCGCUGGACGGCGAGGAGCGGAUGUGGGACACCGUGGAGCAGCGCAACGUGCGCUGGGGCCGCCUGGUGGCAACCGUGGCGCUGCUGGCCGGCGGCGGCUUCCUGCUGGGCCGCGCCGCGCUGCUGCGCCAGCAGCAGGGCGCAGGCCUCAGCCCCGCGGCCGCGCCGCCCGCCGCGGUGGCUGCGCGCGCGGCUGCGCCGGUGGUGCAGCUGAGCCGGUCGGAGGCGGCCUCGGUGAUUGGGCGGUGGCAGGGCAUCAAGGCGGCCGCACUGGGGCCGGAGCACGACAUCGGCGGGCUGGGCGCCAUCCUGCGCGGCGAUGUGCUGGGGCAGUGGCAGGAGCGGGCGCAGCAGAUCCAGAAGAAGGGCUGGCACUACCUGCACACGAUGGAGGCCAGCCAGAUCAACGGCGUGGAGGUGGGCGCGGACGGUGUGGCCAGCGUCAGCGCAACCUUCCGCGAGGCCGUGCAGGCGCACCGCGGCGCCAACGAGCCCAUGCAGGCCUUCAGGAGCGAGUACAGCGUGGAUUACGAGCUGAUGCACGAGGGCGGCAGCUGGGUCAUCACCGGCGCUGUUGUGCGCUACUGA